CUUAAUAUGGAUUUUUUUUAACUUAUUUAGAAAAAAUUGCAAACAUUUUUUGUUUUCUUUUAAUGCAUAUUCAGCUAUUAUACUUUUACUAUUCAGCCACAUUUAUUUGCACCAUUACACCAACAAUCAUGCAUACCAUUGAAUUUUUGUACCGAAGAUUUUUGUAUUCUGUUUUAUUAAUUUAUUUUAAUCAAUUCAAUUAUUCCCAUACCCUUUUUGAUAAUGAAAUAAACUUGAAAUGCUUUGGAGUACGAUUCGACAACGUUACUCUAACAACGUAUUUUCCCAAUUAUAGCAGCGAAGAACAUGAUGAUGGUUUUACAGAUGUUAAAGGAAAUCCUUUGUGUACAUUACAGGAUUACGUAGAUGAUAGAACAAACUACGUCACCUUAUCAAUGGACGAAAAUCUAAAAAUUCCGUAUGGAACUUCAGUAUGUAUUCCAGAGUUAAACAAUCAUUUAGGACAUAGAAUACGAUUUGAAGUUCGAGAUAGUAGCAGCGAUAUUUUUCAAAGUGGAUAUAAAAGAGCAGAGAUUUGUGUUAGAUCUGAAACCGAUAGUUACGAUGUUAAUUAUAAUAGAAGAGUAACUCUUAUAUUUAUUUAAAAUUAAGAUAAAGAUGAU